UCCGCCUGCUCACGCCCCACCGCGCGCCAUCUUCUCCCCCCGCUCCGCUCUCCGUCGAUGGAAGGGUCGCUACUGCCGUUGCCCUCUCCCUCGUAGUCCAUGUCCGUCGAUGGAAGGGUCGCUACAGCCCCUGCCCUCACCUCCGCAAUCCAUGGACGCCCCCGCCCUGAGACAUGCCCACCUAGAGAGCCGCUCGCUCACCUUGCUACCCGGCCCACACCCGUCUCGUUUUCCUCCUCAUCCCGGCGCUCCUACUACUCCCCUCCAUGGCGCGCAGGCAAAAGCUCUGUGGGGUCCCUUUGCUGCGUGGGGGACGAAUCAGCGAGGGCGCUUAGCGUCGGCGAGGAGCUCAUGGCCAAGAGACCAUGCCGUUGGGUGUACAGGAUCGACAGACUGCCCUAUCUGUGUGCAUAAUCAGGUUAUGAAGCACGAAUUGUACAUCAGCUUUCAGGUGCCAAGUUCAGUUACCUUGAAUAUUUUAAGUAAUGGAUUCCGGCUCUCAUCAAGUGACUCCUCCCCCUCACGUUGACUUUGCGGACAGAUGUCUCAAUUCUAGUGGUGGAGCUACGAACAACAAUCCGAUGUCCUGAUCGAGAGCGAUGGAGCUAAUGUUUGAACUUGUGUGUUUGAACUUGUGAACUAUGGAUGUGAACCUGUGUGAAUUUGUGAACUUAUAUAUUUGGACUUAUGUGAAUUUGCGAACUUAUAUAUUUGGACUUAUGUGAAUUUGUGAUAUGAACAUAUAUCAAUGUGUUUGAAAUCUAUAUUGUAUG